AUGGUCAAGCGAUGGCUAGAGGCAACGGGUGUGGCACAAGAAGACGAGAUGGAUGCAUCGAUGGCCAGACUCUUCAAUCAUCAGCGUACCAUGGCCAGACCAAGCCGGAGGGGCAAGGGCAAGCAAGUGCAGGCCGAGCAGUCCAGCGAGGAGAGCGAGAGCGAGCUCUCGAGCGUAGAUGAGGACUACAAACCAGGAACAAGCCCAGCCCAGAGCUCCCACGAAGCCACGACAGGUCAGCGCCCCUCUCGCAAGUCUCGUCUGAGUGCCGAAGCUGCCAUCAGAAGCGGCAUCGAGGCUGUUGAGACUCACAAAGCCCGCAAGCGCUUCAAAGUAGAUGCCGAUGCCGAAAGCCUGUCCCUUCAAGGCACGCCGGCAAGCAAAGCCAAAGGCAAGCGCCCAAGCCGGUCAAAAGGACAGACUGCGCUCGACAAGAGCCAAACAGCCGGGACGGCCGGGAGAGAAGUCGAGCCGUUGUCGGAGAAGACGGUCAAAGCGAUGACUGCCAUAGAGGAGAUUGAUCCGGUGGAAGAGGUGCUGAAGCCGAAGCGAUCGCGCAAGAGAAAGACCGUCGAGCCCGUAGAUUAUCCGGAGCGACAAUUGAGCAGCAAGAAAUACAUCGGUGCUCAUGUAUCAGCUGCGGGCGGCGCUCACAAUUCUGUCCACAACGCUUUGCUGAUUGGCGCCAAAGCAUUUGCUCUGUUCCUGAAGUCCCAGCGGCAGUGGAAGGGCCCGCCCAUCUCAGACGAGGCAAAAUUCGAAUUUCCGCUGCGGUGUGCUGGCUUGAUGACGAGCCACGACGAUCAUCUUGAGGAUGAGCAAGACAUCAAACGGCACAUCCAGCUAGCCGAUGGCAAGGGCUUCGAUCAGAGCAAGCACAUCGUCACUCACAUGGCCUAUCUCAUCAACUUGGCCAAUCCUGACCCGAACAAACACGAACAAGCCUUCGAAGCUUUUGUAGACGAAAUGCAGCGUGCUCACCAGCUGGGUAUCAAGCUCGUCAAUUUUCACCCAGGCUCGACCGUCGGAGAAUGUACGCGCGAAGCCGGUCUCGCGGCGGUUGCUAGCGCGAUCAACCGUGCCCAUGAGCGUGUGCCUUCAGUCACUGUUCUCAUCGAGACGAUGGCCGAGACUAACAACAAGCUGGGCGGCGCCUUCACCGAUCUUGCAGCUAUCAUCGAUGACGUCCAUGACAAGUCUCGCAUUGGCGUCUGCUUCGAUACCUGUCAUGUCUUCGCUUAUGGUCACGAUCUGCGAUCACCGGAGGCCUACCAAACAACACUCGCAGAAUUCAACAGAGUUGUCGGACUACAGUACAUCAAGGCUGUGCAUCUCAACGACUCGAAGACGGACCUAGGCUCUCAUCGAGAUCUUCACGAGAAUAUCGGACUUGGGUUUCUCGGGCUGAAUGCAUUCGCCAAUCUAAUGACGGACCCUCGCUUUGAUGACGUCCCGAUGAUACUUGAGACGCCCAUGCUUGAUGGUACUCUUAGCGGCGCGGACAAGAAGUCCGACAAACCGGGGCAAGGGGGGGCAGGAGUGUGGCAGCGGGAAAUCCAGCUUCUGUACGCCCUAGAAUCAAAUGAUCGAGCGCUAGCAGACCGUCUGCUGGCAGAAGUGCGCGAGAUUGUCGAAGAGUCUCGGCGUGUCAAAGACGAGCGCAAGGCGGCUCACAAGGCUCAAAAGGCGAUGGAAAAGGCAGAGCGCAGAGCAGGAGACGUUGAAAGCGCGAGACCAGAGCGAGAGGACGGCAGCGUAGGCCCGUACGGAAGUAAUCAUGACAAGGCUCAGCUCAGCAAGCGCAAGAGCAGAGUAAAGGCCAACUGA